CUCCAUCCGCACUCUUCUCAUCCCUAACCCCCUAUCUCACACACACACACACACACACACGCUUUCGUCUCGGCGCAUCUUCAUCUGCGCAGUCCUGCCAUGUCGCUUCAUCUUCAUCCUCCAUGUACACACUGGACAUCAUGAAAUCAGUGCAUUGAACCGAUGACCAACAGGAUCAAACUGUCUGUGGAAUCUUCAUUGGCAUAAUGAACUUUGCACCCUUCCUUUCACUCUACUUGAUCCUGCACAAUAUAAGAGAUGUGUUAGCAGGGCAGUGCUGGCAGGGGCCAAGGUAUUCUGAGGCGGUAGUUUCUCCUGAGCUGAGGAGCAGCAGCAUCCUGAGAGUUCCCGAGGUGUUGACUCUGGCCCAAUGUGAAGGUGCCUGCUGUGAUCUUCCAGGCUGCGACCUGGCCUGGUUUUUUGACAGACGGUGCUACAUUCUCAGCUGUCAACAAAAAGAAAACUGCCAGCCUAUAAAGAGGCCUGGGACAGACUCACGGUUGACCUUCCUACAGCGCCGACGCCCACAGACCCUUGUCUUGCAGUCACUGGUACGGGGUGAGCCUUAUGCCAGUCACUGGCAUCCAUUACCCAGACGCAGGGGGCCAGAGAAUAAUCUGAAGGACCUGGCUUUACUGGAGGACAUUCAAGGCUUGGAAAACAAUGCAGUGGAGUAUGAUGACAGUUACAGGACUGUAGAAGAUGACAUCAGUGAAGAGAGGACUGCUUCAAGAAUGGAACAGGAGAAGAGUCAAGGAAUUCUUGACUGGCCUCUUGAUGAAAGAGAUGGAUUUAACUUCUCAGACACAGGGGGAGGAAAAAUAAAUCUCUCUGUAAUAGAGAGUACUGAGGGGAGCCAAGUCACUCCCAGCUCCUCUCUAGCAGUGACAAAUGGAAGCAGAACAUCUGUGAGUCCAGCAGAACCUUCAUGGAGUCCUUCAGCAUUGAGUUUGCCUACUGUAAAAGAUGAGGAAGACCAGUUUAACAUCUCCUUAAUGGGCUUGGACCCAACAGCCAGGCCAGAGAUAAUAAGUGAUGAUCUGUCCAAACUGAGCCAAGUUAGCAGUUCUGUCCCAUCUAUAUCUAACAUGGGAUCUACAACCCCCAGCACCUCUUCACUUCCAGUGGAAGCCUUGGUUGUGUCCAUUGGAGACGUUGAUGACAUAACGCUACCUAAGAAUGCUGUAGAACUCACUGCCUCAGUCGAUUCACAAACUGAACCUGAGAACCCUUAUACGUAUGAAUGGAGUUUUGUUAGUGCGCCAGUUGGAUAUCCAGGCGUGAUGGAGGGAAAACACAAGAGGACUGUAAAGGUCUCUGAGCUGUCUUCAGGUGUGUAUGUAGUCAAAAUAAGUGUGACAGGGAUGCAGGCCUAUGGGGAAAGUGCUGUAAACUUCACAGUGCAUCCUGAGGUUAGCCUGAACAUGUCUCCUAAAUCAGUUGCUCUGCCAAAACACCAGGAUGUAUCACCAUCUACUGAUACCAUCAUUUUCAUUAAUGGCAGCCAAAGUUUUGAUGAUUCGGGUAUCGUCAGUUACCUGUGGGAACAGGUGGAUGGACCAUUGAGAACCAGCGAUGUACCUUUGAACACACCUGUACUCGCGCUGCAGAACCUCUCUCCUGGAGACUAUACAUUCAGGCUGACGGUUGUGGAUUCUGAGGGACUGAGUGACUCCACCACUGCCACAGUGAGAGUCAGCAGUCCUAAAGACGAGCCACCAGUGGCUAUAGCAGGCACUGACCAGGUCAUAAGGCUUCCUCUGAACCACCUGACUUUGUGGGCCAAUCAGAGUAGAGAUGACCAUUCCAUCAGCGGCUUCCUGUGGAGCCUUCAGCCCAGCAGCCCAGCCAAAUCAGCAACAAUGCAGGAUGCCAGAUCUCCAGCUCUAGAGCUCUCUGAUCUACAGGAGGGUCAGUACACAUUCCAGCUCACCGUCACUGACUCCAGCGGCCAACAGGAUUCAGACACAGUUUCAGUCACGGUGCUUGGUGAGAACAAAGCUCCUGUAGCUGUGGCAGGUCCUGACAGAGAACUGAUUCUUCCGGUGAGCAGCAUCACGCUGAAUGGCAGUGACAGCACUGAUGAUCAAGCUGUCACCAGCUACCAGUGGGAAAUACUGAGUGGUCCUCCUGGAUCAGUGAUAAAGGAUGCCAGCAUAGCAGUUGCAUUGGUAACAGGCCUGCGAGCUGGGACUUACAGGUUUAAACUGAUGGUGCAGGAUGAACAGGGAGCAUCUGACAGCACUAUUCUCACAGUUACAAUCAAACAAGCUGAAAGCCUGCCUCUCACUGCCCAUGCAAGUGGUAGUCACACACUUACCUUACCCAAUAACUCUCUGGUGCUGAGAGGCUCUGUGUCGAACUGUGGCUCUGCAAAUGUGUCCUUUCUAUGGGUCAGAGACGAGCAGAGUCCAGCUGCAGGGGAUGUUCUGUAUGUUUCAGAUCAUGAGGCUACUUUGUACCUGGCAAACCUUGUAGAGGGCACUUACCUGUUCCAGCUACGAGUCAGUGAUGGUCAGGGUCACUCCAGCACUGCUACGGCCACAGUGGAAGUCCGCCCUGAUGUGCGUGAGCGGGAUGAGGUGGAGAUGGAGCUGCAGGUCCCAUUAGCUCAGGUCAGUCAGCAGCAGAAGCAGUCAGUGGUGAGGCAGCUGGCUGCGCUGUUGCAUGUGCUGGAUGAAGACAUCAAUAUGAAGGGCCUACAUGGGCAGUCUGAUAUCAGCACCGUUUUUAGGUUCUCAGUGCAGGGUUCUGAUGGGACGAUUCCUGGACCAAAACUGGCCCGUCUCCUCAGGUAUCAGCUUCUGAAGGAGAAGACAGAUUAUCUGCUUUUCAAAGUCCUCAGAGUGGACACAGUCAUGUGUUUGUUGCUUUGUUCUGGCCAUGGUCAGUGUGACCCUGUCACUCGAAGUUGUUCCUGUGAUCCUCUGUGGAUGGAGAACCCCUUUAAACACUUUCUUGAUGAUGAGAGCAACUGUGAUUGGAGUGUACUGUAUGUCACAGUCUGCUGUGUGGUGGUGGUCAUUUUUCUGGUGUCUUCAAGCUGGGCCUGGUGUAAAAGGAGCCGACGUACAAAAGUAAGAAAGAAAACCAAGUACACAAUACUGGACAAUAUGGAUGAACAGGAAAGAAUGGAAUUACGGCCAAAAUACAACAUCAAGCACAGAAGCACAGAGCACAACUCCAGCCUGAUGAUGUCAGAGUCUGAGAUUGAUAGUGACCAGGACACCAUCUUCAGUUAUGAGACAAUGGACAGGGCAAGAAACCGAGCUAACGGUGCCAUGAUGAAUGGAGACACGUACAGCUUGCGGCCCGUGGAAGGAUGAGACGUUCCUUUUCUCCGAAGGAAACUAUGUUGCACAGGGCUACUUUAGAUUCAGACUGGUAAAUCUUUACAGGUUACAGAGAAUAAAGUUUCUAAAGCGCACCGACGCUUGAAUGUAAAUAGUCUUUGUCAUUAUGCAAAGCCUAUUCUUUGAUUACAGGCUAAGACUUAUUUUACUCUUGCCUAGUUUAAUAACAGCUAGUGGGAAAACACCAAAACAUGCAAAUUAUUUUUUUAGGUAUUUGAUUGCAUGAUUUGGCCUAAAAAUAAAAAAACAUUCCUCUGCUGUCAUGCUGAUUAAACUAUAAACUAUUCCUGAAAUCUCCUUAAUUGAAUAUAACAUGAACUUUACAGUGAUCUUACAUUUGAUGGUUUUAAAGCAAAACAAGCAUCACAAAGCCACACUGAGUUCUGUUUGUGAAAAUUUCAAUUUUAAAUUGAAUGUAUUGGUAACUGAUGGUAUUGAUGACUCUCAUCAGUUGUCAGAUGCAGUUGAAUAUGAAUGAUGUUGGAUAUGAAUUCAGAUUUGAUCAGUUAGUAGAGUUAU